AUGCAGUUCCAUAGUUUCGGCGUGUCUUUGACCACGUUAUUGCAGUCGCGAUCGGAACUGUACCCAGAUCACCUGUCAACCAUCAUUACAAGAGCCAUACUGGGAUCAUUCAGCGUGAUCAGUGUACGCUUUCUGCGUCAAGGAAGCACGGGAGAACAGCGACGCAGUUUACAGAUGUAUGCAAUAGGAGCUCCAUGGGCACACCAGGCUUCAGCAGCCAAACCGUCAAUUUUAGAAGAACGAACAUUCAAGAUCAUAGAUGGAAAGAAGUGA